GCGGAGUUCCGUGCGGGGGGUACCUGUGCGGAAUCGCAAAGGUUUUUUAUUAUUAUUAUUUUUAUUUUUAUGUUUGGGAGGGGGGAUUGGGGGGGGCAUAUGACAGGAAGCUGGGGUUAUGGCGAGUAGAGGAGGGCACGAAGAGGAGGAGGAGGAUGUGGCCGAGGAGGACGACGAGAAUAGCGAGGACGACGGCGAGGAGGAGGAUCAGAGAUGGGGGAGGAGAAGAGAUGGACGGAGGGAAAGAGGAAGGGUGGGAGGAGGACGCGUGGGAGGAGGAGGAGACACGGACGGAGAGGAAGGGGAGGACAUGAGGAAGGUAAGGAGACAAGGAGGCAUGGAAGAUGGCGAAGUACGAGGAGGAGGAGGAGGAGACAAGGAGGAUGAGGAGGGGCAGGAGGAGGACGAACAAGAGGAGGAGACAUGGAGAGCAGGAGGAGGACGAAAAGGAGGAAACGAAAAGGAGAAGGGAGGAGGAGACAUGGAAGAGGAGGAAGGGGAGGAGGAGCAAGACCUUAAUAAUCCUAACUAAUCCUAAUUAAUUAUUUGUAGAGGUCAAUCCCCCGGAUUCCCAGAAGGGGUUCAUGGGCUUUGGUGGUACUGCAGAGCGGCUGUAGGCCCCUCAAAAC